CUUGGUUUGCAGCUUGCGCGCCUGGUCUCUGCAAAGCCCGGAAGGCUCUCACUCUCUACAACCGGCGUUUACUCUGUUUGCGCAAUCGCUUCGCUCUCCCGAGACCGCUUCCAGGUCAACUUCUUAUCGAUCUCCCCGCAGAAAGAGGAUCCCGGCGUCACUCCGCCAGGAGGAGAGAAAGGGUCCACUAUUCCCGUCGACGCACGACUCGCGCUCCGCACUUGUCAAUUACACGAUAUAAGUCGACGACAGCCAUGUCCUCCUUUAGACUUGGAGUCUCUAGGGUCGCCCGCCAGGUUCGGGCCCCUUGUGUGCGCAACACGAGGCGAUAUGCCUCCGACAGCCACGCUCCUGCCGACCACACCCACAGCGCUGCCGGUCAUGGGGAGCACCACCACGCCAAUGCCGCAGAUGCCAACGAGGAGCUUGGAACUGCCUUCUAUGUGAUAUUCGGCGCCAUCCCCGCAUUCGGUGCUCUUUAUUACUUCUCUCGGCCGGGCAAGGACGGACAGCCGAACAGUAUCACGAAGUGGUUGCAGAAGUGGGAGGAGCACCAAGAGGCUUUGGCGGACAAGAACGCUCUGGUGACAGCGGCACUCGAGCAGGCUGCUCACGACAAGCAUCUUUUCUAUUACGUCGACCAACUGAGAAGCGGACACUACGAAAUGAAAUAUCCCGAGGUUUUCCAGCACGGUAGCGCGCGCAAUGUCCCGGCCGGUACCUAUAUCCCCUUGGACAAGGUUGUCGAGGUUUACAGGAAGCAGCACCUUGACGAAGAGGAGCGCAAGGCGAAGAAGCUGGCGGCGGCCAACUAGACAAGUGUCGUGCAGUAAUUGCAUACUUCCUCUUCUUAUAUCUAAGUUAGACGUUAGACUGCUCCUCCUUCCCAUCUUAUUGAGACGGGAGCCGUCGGUUCGUAGCAACAUCAGAAAGUUACCUUCCUCA